CACACUCCAGCGGACAGAGCAAAAGGAGUCCCUCCCUCACACUCAACCAGCACAAGAGACAGAAAAAAGUACUGAAUAUAAUUACUGGAAAGAUCAGAAGUUGAAGAUGCAGGUUUGCUCAGUCCUAGAGAAGAAAGGAGGCAGUGUGGUUGGAGCCGAGCUCAGCUGCAGCGUCAGGGAGGAAAACCCAAAUAAGAGGGAGAGUUACACCGCUGACUGGCGCAGCAUCAAUAUGAAGACACAACCUGAGGAUCGCCAGUCGAUGCUGAUGUCGGACGAUUCUCGGCGAGAGUCUCUAUCCCGUUAUUGGCAGGUGCGUCCUCUCCAUCAAGCCUGCCCAUCGGGUGUGCGAAGAGUCGGCACUCUGGACACAGGUGUAAGAGAGCACCAGCUAUUGCCCUACAGGAACAGCCUGCCCCUGCCCAUCUUCAAGCCUGCUGAACUGGGCGUCCGCCUGGGUCGCGGAGCUCCACACACCCUAGAGGAUCUGCCACCCUUCCGGGUUCCCGACGGAGUCUGUCCAGACAAGAGAGCAGUGGAACAGAUCACCAGAGACCUGCCGCCCGUCAAACCCAUGCGGAUGGAGUUCGCCAAGGCACCCAGAGCUCUGGGACGAUCAAUGUCUCAGGAGGCCCAGAGGGGCUGAAAAGCAGAAAGACAAAUAUGAGUCAAAGACUUUAUAGACUUUAUUAAAUAAUGAGGGGAUGGAGAGUGUUAGAGAGAGGGAUUGAGAAUGUAUAAACAGAUUUUGGCGAAAGUAAAUCAGCAAGUUUAGUGAGUGAAAUAAUGAUAAUAAUCAUAAUGAAAUAAUAUGCAAAUGCUAAAAUGUUCAUAAUGGCUGGGAAAAAAGAAAGAUGAAGAUGAAAUUGAUGGAAAGCCUAAUGGUUUUGUAUAGUGGGUUUUGAGUUGUAAAUAGUAUCUGCUUGUUUUGUAUUGUCAAUGUUCAAAGCACUUUUAUUUGAAAGGACAUAGGUUCAUGUUUUGAGCUUGUGUUGAUGUUUUUUCUGCAUGUAGUCAGGGUUGUUCAUGCAAAAGAGGAUGAAGUAAAAGAGAAAAAUAUUUAUUUUUUGUUAAAACUUAAUGCCAAAUAAGAAUUGCACUAUUUAUUGACUGUUGAUAAUUGUUGACUUGUUGAAAGCUGAUAAUCACUUUAAUAAAGUUUUAUCGGAUCAGG